AUGGUCAACGUAAUAGCCAUUAUUUUUCUCUGCGGUGUGGGUCUCAUCCAUGCGAGCCACUUAAAAGAAGAACUUAAUUUGGUUCAGCACCGCUUAAGGAUGCUAAAGGAGUCACUAUCCCUGAAUAUUGACCAAGAACCCGUAGACACUGAAGCAUCUGGCACGAAUGAUACCCAAUGCCUGGCGGAUAUAAAGGAGUUUCUUGGAGGACUAAAUACUGGCAGCUACUGGGCAUUCAAAAUGCUUGAUUCCUGGGGCUCGUUUCCCUCGGGUCUGCUAUACGGAACCUUUUACGAUCUGGGAAACUUCGAUGAGUGCCUCAAUGUAAAUCAAGAGAUCAGCAGCAGCCAAACGAUUAAGGGAAAAUAUUGCUUCAUGGCUGUGCCUCUGAAAGAUUUUCUUGAUACCGGAAUAGAUGCCUUAGAAGGCAUGCAGAUCAAGAUUGCCACAUGUUUUCCGGCCUCCUGUUCGGCAACUCAAAUCGAGAAGUUUGCUGCGCAAUUAUAUCGAAAUAAGUUCAGCUCAAGCAUGAAUUUUAAUAUAAGCAUUGCUGAGGACGGUUGCCAAACAAGCGAUUCCGAUCCUUGGGAUGGCCUCACCAUUUUCACAGUGGUCAUUCUGUCAGUGCUUACCUUGAUAGUAGUUGGCGCAACACUUUACGACUAUUUUCUUUGCACAAAUCAAGAAACACCUGCCUUGAUCAAGAUCAUAUCGGCUAGGGCGAAUUCGCGAGCUCUUUUUCAUCUUCAGGUUGGCAGUUCCAAUUCGAAUGUAAUUGAUUGCCUUCAUGGCAUUAGGUGCAUGUCGCUCAUCUGGGUGGUUUUUCUGCUUGAGCAUAUGUAUUCCCUGAUAUCCCCGAACAUCAAUUUUACCUAUGCGCUUGCGUGGCUAGAGAAACCGGCAGCCAGCUUUUUCGUACAUGGCUAUUUCUCAGUGGACACGUUUCUCUUUAUCGGUGGCUUGCUGGUAUCCUUGACAGCUCUGCGCACCAUGGACAAGACCAAAGGAAAACUGAAUGUCCCCAUGAUGUAUGUGCAUCGCAUUAUUCGCAUCCUACCCGUGCUGGCCAUGGCAAUCUUGAUCUACGUAAAACUAAUGCCUGUUGUGAGUGGCGGACCCCUUUUCAAAAGUGGAUUCCAUGGCAAGGAGGCGUGUGUGAAUGGCUGGUACUGGGACCUGCUCUUCAUCCAGAACUAUGCUACGAAAACAUGUCUUGAUCAGUCGUGGUAUUUAGCUGUGGACAUGCAGCUGUACAUCCUAUCCCCUCUGCUCCUGAUUGCUCUCUACAAAUGGGGCAAGAGGGCGGCUUGGGUCAUUGUUGGCAUUGUGGUUUUGCUGUCUGGUUGCCUGUUUGCCACCCAAAUGGUCAAUCAUUACUCAAUGAGUAUUAAAAAUGGUGGUGGCGAUGAUGAGGCCAACUCAAAGUUGUACCUGGCCACGCACACACAUGCGGCUCCUUGGCUGAUUGGAUUCCUGUUCGGAUACUUCCUGCACUUGAAUCGUGGCAGAAAGUUCCAGUUGAGUCGACUGGUCGUGUGGUCGGGUUGGCUCCUCAGCCUGGCCAUGAUCUUCACCUCGAUCUUUGCACUAUAUCCGUCUGCCAAGUGGAGUGCUCCUCCUCUUUCCACGCUGGAGGAAUCUCUGUACUACACUCUCACUCGGGCUGCUUGGCCUUUGGCCAUGUGCUGGGUUGUGUUCGUCUGCAUGCAGGGUUAUGGCGGUCUGGCUAACAGUUUCCUCUCCACCCCCUUGUGGCAACCCCUCUCAAGGCUCUCCUAUUCCGUCUUCAUCUGGCACAUGUUCGUCCAGGAGAUAAACAGCCGGAAUGUGAGGACCAGCACUUACUUCUCUUCCUACACUGUGAUGCUCAACUUCUGGUCUGACUUUGGCAUCAGUCUGAUUAUGUCCUAUGCCUUAUAUCUUAUUAUUGAGGCCCCUAUAGGUGGACUGCAUUCACUUUGGAGUCCCACUCGAAAUGUAAAGUCGCCAGCGGCUGUUGUGAAGCACAAGUGUAAUGGUGAUGAACCACAACAUAGAUUAGCUGCUUGA